AUGGACAUUGUUGACAACAGUGAACCUAUGAUAAAAAUCCCGGAACUCUUGCCCCACGAGAAUAUAUACAAAAUUCAGGUGGGGUCGAAGUUGUUCAAGAUCAGUGGAGCGUCGCUCAGCAGCGAUGGGCCCUCCUUUUUCACGGAUUAUUUCAACGCACAGAAGGAUUCGCCGCAAGUUUUGAUUCUCGACAGAUCUGAUAGGGUUUUCGAGAACAUCAUGAACCACUUGCAAGGGUAUCCGUUGUCUGUGUUGGACGAAAGAGAUUUCAUUACGUUGUUUUUGGACUCGUUGUACUAUAGGUUACCCAGGUUAAAGAGGAUGCUACAGAAGUACGACUACUACUUUAUUAAUAUUGGCGGCAAGCACUUCAAGUUCUCGAAGAGUCUUUUUGAUAGGCCCGGAGAUUCUCCCAAUUACUUUAACCUACUAAUUGACGCGAUGUUGGUUGAUGUGGAAAAUGUAUUUCACGAAAAGCAGAUGAUCAGACCUCCAUCCCAUUUCAUCCCAUUUGUGACCAGAUCGAGUGUGCUAUUCCAAGAGAUCCUAAACCUUUUGACAGAUGAUGAUUACGUCGUGCCAUCUCACAUCUCCAUUAGUAAUCUCUUGAAAGAAUGUAAGUUUUACUGCUUGCUCAACUUGCAACAAAGAUUGAUUCCACAUAGAAUCACCAGAAACCCAUUUUGCAAACGUGAAGAGAUUACCAUGAAAUUACACCAUCUCAGAAGAACAGGAAUAAAAUUGUUAGCUCAGGAUACCGAUAUCAAGGCCUGCGAAAUACGCAGUGAUUCAGAGUCUUCAGAAGAUUUGUACCUGUGUCCACAAAAGAAGAGAAAGUUGGAAGCAUCUCCUGCUGAGUGGGAUAUGGUGUCUUACCAGCGCCCCUAUGUCGAUAAGGAACCAAGAGAUUUGAUUGUUCAGUUCGAUGCCACUGAAAUGACACUUUUCUUUAAUAAGAGAAUGAAAACAAUUCAUGUCCAGGUGGCCAACGAAAAUGAUUGCCAUAUCUUGAAGAAUCUUUUAGCCGACAUAAAUAGAAAGCACAACAUUGAAGACUCUUCCUUCCAGUUCCCUCAAUUCCAGGGUUACGUUUUUAUCACCUGCAUUACAAUGGCAGACUUGACCGUCAACGGAUUGCCUUGUAAAAACUUGUGCUCUAAAAUUGACGAGAUAAAAACCAACGAACAGAUUUUCGAUUUCUGUAAUAGAGAUGGAAUGAUGCCAGGUUUAUCAUUACACGUAAUCGGUCCAUCAUUAUGGCGUAUUGGCGUUAAAGAUCAGCAUAUCAUCCUACUUCCUUUGAAACUAAACUGUAUUUCUAAUCUGAGACAAUUUAACAUGAACUUGCAGUUUCUCUGA